AUGCCAACGAAAGAUCCGAGAGCCUACGUUAAUCGACAGCCUCUACCUAUUGCGUCUCAGAAAGGGUUAAAACUACAGGCCCGAUGUGAUACAGUGUAUAACCCCAUUCAUCCUAGUAGAGAUAUCGUCCGUUCAGCUAAUUAUAGACGUAGACAAGAACAAUUAGUCACUCAAGGAUUUAACGCAUUGAAUUACCGCCCCUAUGUUGGAAUCGGUGAUCCAUUCUACCUUGAUGAAAAACGCCUGGUGCUGAGUGCUCUAGGACAGUGGGAAGAGUCAGAUGAAUCGUGCUAUAGUUCUAGUUCUGAUGAAGAUGAACGAGGACUGGAAGUCACUAAACAGAAAAAAUCAAACUCGGCUGCUAAUUUUAUGCUGCGUAGAAAAAAGCGGGAACUUAACAAUUUGAAUAAGGAAGUUAGACAUGGAAGGAAUUUGAUAAGAAACGUAAAAUUGGGACACGGAUUAUUUGAUUUGAUAAAACAAGAACGACAGGCUAAGAAAGCAGCAAUAGCUGAAGCGUACAGGAAGAAGGCAGAAGAGGCACGUAACGCCUGGCAACAACCCAAAUCAGACAGUAGUUCCGAUGAAUCUGAGAAUGAUAUUCCUCAAGAUACAGAACUGGACAGUAGUUAUUUUUCUGGAGGGGAACAGGAUAGCAUAUUUUUAACACAACCAAAUACUCCAGGUGAUGGUUCACGACCCAAUAGUUCUAAAUCAACACCACGUAAGAAGAAGAAAAACAUCCCACCUCGUCCUUUUACACCGAAAUAUACCAGUUUAUCAGAGGUCACUGAUCACACGGCAGACUUCGAAGCCAACAUUACGUCCAGUUUAAACCCUUCACGAGAUGUAUCACCUGAUAAUCGUUCUGUAGUCCCAAUUGAUCCAGACUCAAUGAACACUGCUGUUGAUAAUUCUGUGAUUUCAUUUGAUGUUUCAAGAGAUUCUUUGUUCCGUCAAUUAUGUGUAUUGAACUGGAUAUUAGAGGCUAUGAAUAUAGAACAAGGAUGUACGAUGUCUUCAAUAACAACCUGCUGGAAACUCAGUAAAAGUGACAUGGGAGGUAAUAAGGUUUCAAAAGGAAGAAUACAAAAUCAGAAGACAGCUCAGACCAAGUGGGAUCAGUUUGUUACUAAUACUGGAGCCCAUGCUAAGAUUAGCAAAAGAUCGAGACUGAGUCGUCAAUAUAACAGACGAGUUCAACUGACUCGAACAUCAUUAAGCCCUAGCAACAGUUCAAUACAUUUAAAUACAACCAAUCAGAGCUCAGUAUCUCAUUCACCCCUGCCCAAUACUAUAGAUGAGACAUCAGCCAUGACACCUGUACCAGAAAAAGAAGAUGAAGAGACACCAUAUAGCAGAAGUAUAUUUAAGUUUCUAGAUGAAUAUUAUUCAAGUUUAAAUCGUGGUGAGGGCCAUAUUAGUGAUAAACUGGACAGUGUAUACUAUGGUCGAUACGAACGCAACGAUACAUCACCUGAUAGAUUCAAACGAGAUAAAAGGGCCAGUGUAUCUGAAGGGAGAGCCAGUAGAAAAUCUCACAGAAACAAGUCUCCAGACAGACGCAGUUCGAGAAGGGAAUCAAGAGUGCAGUCUGCUAAAACUAUCUCCACAAUUGAAGACCAGCGACCAUCGAGAAUUUCAACAGCUCAUUCCAAAAUUAUUCGACCAAAAACAACACAAGGUUUAGUCGACUAUCAAGCCACAUUGCCUAGCAACAGAUUCCAAAAUCUGUCCACCAAUCUAAGGAAUAAAUUUGAAGAAAUUCAAGAAGACAAGGCGCUGACUUUACAUGAUAUUUUACAGAAAUUAGACAGAGAUCGUCUGAGUAAAUGUCUAUCGAAAUAUGAAGCUAUCCAGGCUGGUAACAGUAUGUGGACAUCUCUAGAGAAAAUGAGAGAAGGUGCUAUCUCUAGAAACCAGAAUCCACAGAGAAGAAAAGAAUCUUCUUUCAAAGGAAACUGGUAUUCUGACCUACAAGACAGUAUUCCACGACAACUAAAAGAGUUAUGGUAUUAUAAACUCAUCCUCAAUAAACUGGGAAACUUUGGAUUGAUUGAAAACGUCAGCCGUCAGAGCCCGUAUCCAUUUAUAAAAGCUCUGGGUACGUUACGUGAUUGGGAAAUAUGUAGUCCAGAUGUCACUGCUGCAGUAGAGUUCUGUCGAGAAAAAAUCGUGGAUAUGACAAUCGAAGAAUUUGAGGAAUGGUUUCAGCAACAGUUUCCAACGGUAACCAGACCUCAUACAGCCUCCUCUACAGUUAAAGGCAAAGAACAAAAAGACCAGAUGAUCACAGCUUCAUUACCAUCAUCUCAAUCAUCCAGACCUACAACCACAGGGACUCGAACCACUAGCAGUAAGAGUAGUAGGAGCGGUCUGGUUCCUUUCACGUAAUGAUCUCACUGGAAAUAGUUAGCCACCCCUCAAUCUUUUAUUGAACUCUUUCUAGUAUUUAUUUUAUUAUUCAAUAUGAAUCUUCAGAAGAGCUCAUUUGCAAAAUUAGGGGUGUUUUCAAUAUUUAUCUUACUUCCAACUUUGCAUUUUAUGACAUAAACACACAAAAUGUAGUUAAAGAAAUUAUAUUUUUAUAUUUAGUAGAUUCAGAAAGGCAUGAAUUGUUUAGGACAUAUUUAUUUAUUUAUUGGAUCCUGUUAACCAGCUUGUCCUUGGACAUUCUCUUGGCAACGAUCUUUCCGGGAUUAUCCGUUACCAUUCAAAGCUGGGUCGACUGGAAUAAUGAGGAUACUGUCUACUAUCUGAUCCUUGGACAAUCUCUCUGCAGCGAUCUUUCUUAGAUUAUCUGUACCCAUUCAAAGCUAGGUCGACUGGAAUAAUGAGGAUUUUUCAGAGAGUCCACAUAGCUGACAUCGUUCAUCAUGACUGUUCAAUAUUUAUACAAAUCUAUUUUGUGAUAUUUUAUUUUUUAUAUCUGGUAUAUAUAUUGAUCAAAUCUCGUAUUUUUCUAUUUUGAAUUUGUUGCUUUACUUGAACUAGAUCUUUUAUAAUUAAUAAAAAUAAUAAAUAU